UUAAAACACUAGAAACAAACACAAAAAAUGUCUUAACUGGUAUGUCAUUCCCAAUUGAGGAUUAAACUAAGGUCCAAAUAAAAACAUAAAUCAUCUACCAGAAAAAAAAAAAAAAAGUGGAGUUCACAUGAGAAGUGACGAAAACAGAUCCAACUCCAAGGGCUAGGAUUCGUUCAGGGGAGGUUGAGGGUAUUACCAACAUUUAUUGCAACCAGCAAUGAUCUCGCUAUCUAUAGAUCAUAGAUAUACGGUGAGAGAGUGUGAUGAAGAUAAGGUAUUGGCAGAAGUCUAGAGGAUACGAGAGGCUUGAUGGAUCGGCGAAGAAGUCCAAAUCGGGUGGGAGAAAUGUAAAGCGAGUCAAGUUUGAUCCUACACGGAAAAGACGGUUUUGGAGGAUCAAGAUAGUGCCGAAGCUGAGGGUCUUCAUCAAAAAGGCAUCGCCUAAGAAGCUUUUAACGUGGCUUCGAGAUGCUUACGUCAGUAUGAUGCUGAGCUUCGCCAAUUCUCGGGUCAUUGAGUCGUCUUACGGGUUCGGUGAAUAUGGGUACGGUUCGGGGUUAGCGUCGAGGGAGUAUGAUGAGAAGAAGCUGGUGGAGAUUUACAAAUCCAUGUUGAUGGCGCAGGGGACUCUCCUACACUGCGACGUACCUAAGCUUUCGGCUGAUUCUAUAAAACUUUCACCUCUUAUGUAGUAAUUACAUCGAUUCAGCUGCAUCAAAAAAAAUAUAAAUAUGUGAUUGUCGAUGUUGAAAUUGUGAUUGUAAUCUGUGUUAAAGUUACAGUUCUGAAUCUAUCAUAUAUUAAUCAAAUAAUAGUGGAUCCAACCUUUUGUAAAAUGGCUUGCAUUUUA